CCUAUUUUAACAUACCCAAACCCUAACGCAAUGAAAGAAAGAAAGGCCGAGACAGCUUAAAGGGUCGCCGUUUCAUCCAAAUCGAAGUUGGAGCUGAACUUAGUUGGGGGUUCGUUGUUGUAGCUUGGUCCGAAACAUAUAGAGGUGGCAAGAAGAUGGAGGACGGAGAGAUACAGGAGGAAAUGGUGGUGGAUGUGAGAUCACAGUCACCAGCUCCGCCGCCCAAGCCCGAGAAAUCUCCUAACGACAUGCUUAAAGAAACCAAAGCCUCGGUCGAAGAGGUCGUCGCCAAAAUCCUCUCAGCCAAAAAGGAAAACAAACCAAAAUCUGAACUCAGAGAACAAGUCACGCAAAUGUUACUCAACUUCGUCAAUCUCCGCCAGGUGAAUCGUAACAUACUGUUGGAGGAAGACAAAGUGAAAUCGGAGACGGAACGUGCGAAGGCACCUGUGGAUUUUACGACGCUGCAGCAUCACAAUUUAAUGUACGAGAAGAGUCAUUAUUUGAAAGCUAUAAAAACUUGCAAGGAUUUCAAAUCUAAGUAUCCUGAUAUCGAGCUUGUGCCCGAGGAGGAGUUUUUUCGCGACGCUCCUGAAGAUAUUAAGGGUUCGAAUUUGUCUGAGGAUAGCUCGCAUAAUUUGAUGCUUAAGAGGCUUAAUUAUGAGUUAUUCCAGAGGAAAGAGCUAUGCAAACUUCUAGAAAAGUUGGAACAACGAAAGAAAAAUCUUCUGGAGACAAUAGCUAAUAGGAAGAAGUUUCUAUCAAGUCUGCCAUCACACCUCAAAUCCCUUAAGAAAGCAUCGUUGCCUGUUCAGAAUCAAUUGGGUGUUUUGCAUACAAAGAAACUGAAGCAGCAUCAUUCGGCUGAGCUUCUUCCACCUCCACUCUAUGUGAUUUACUCACAGUUCAUGGCACAGAAGGAAGCAUUUGGUGAAGAUAUUGAUCUGGAGAUCAUUGGAAGUAUGAAGGAUGCUCAGGCGUUUGCCCGCCAGGAAGCAAAUAAAGAAAAUGGUUUAUCUACCAGCGUUGAGAGCUCAAGGUUGGAGGAUGAUGUACCAGAUGAGGAAGAUGAUGGACAGAGAAGGAGAAAACGGCCAAAGAGGGUUCCUAGUAUGGAGGCUAUUGACAACGCAGGAGUCUAUCAAGUUCAUCCUCUGAAAAUUAUCCUUCGCAUAUAUGAUGAUGAGGCAUCUGAUCCUGAAUCAGCAAAACUUGUCACUUUGAAGUUUGAAUACCUGUUAAAGAUGAAUGUUGUUUGUGUUGGGAUUGAUGGAUCAACUGAAGGACCUGAGUGUAACAUCCUCUGCAAUUUGUUUCCUGAUGACACUGGCCUGGAUCUGCCUCACCAGUCAGCCAAGCUGUUCAUUGGUGAGGGUGCUUCAUUUGAUGAAAAGAGAAUUUCACGUCCGUACAAGUGGGCCCAGCAUUUGGCAGGAAUUGAUUUCUUACCUGAGGUUUCACCAUUGCUUAGUAGCCAUGAAGCUCCAAACAGUGAAACCAAAAGCGAUGCUGUUAUCUCUGGUCUUGCAUUGUACCGACAGCAGAACCGAGUGCAGACAGUCAUCGAGAGAAUCCGAGCACGGAUAAAAGCAGAACUGGCUCUUACGAAACAGCUUGAUUCACUUAUGAAGCUUAAAUGGCCUGCUUUGAAUUGUAAAAGUGUUCCAUGGGCCUUGCAUGCUCCCUUGUGCAAUUUGCAUAGUUGGUCAUCUGUAGGAUCCAAAGGCAAUGAGGAUUCAUCCCAACCUGUUAUUGACACGGCACCAGUUCAAGAACCUACGGAUGAUAUGGAUGGAAGAUCUGGUAUCACGAAGGAAGAGCUGGAGGGUUUUAGGGAAGAUGGGGAGCUUCCAUCUUUGCUUUCAGUCCCAUCUGCGACAAUUGAUACUAAACUUACUCUACUGAAGGGAUCUGGUCUUGACCAUUCCAAGCAAUUGGCUUUGAUUUCAAAGAGCAUUUUGUCCCCAGCCAGUAAGGGAAAAUUACCGAGUUUCAAAAAGCAUGACGAUGAUUAUGUCUUCAUGCUAGAGACGGAUAGUGAACUGGAUGAGCCCCUAGAGACAGAGACUGAAAACUCUUCUGUUCAGUGCUAUGAAAUAGUUGAAAAAUCAUGGGUUGACUAUGGUAACAAGGAAUUUGUUCUUCAUUUAACAAGGAAAAUGCCCACAAGUGGGCUGAAUAUGAAACUAGAAGCCAAGAUUAAGAUCAGUAUGGAAUACCCUCUUAGACCUCCUUUGUUUACAAUGAAUCUUUACUCACUUGGAGAAAAUUCUUCUGAGAAUGACUAUUCUGGGUGGCACAACGAAGUUCGUGCUAUGGAGGCUGAGGUAAAUCUCCACAUGUUAAAGAUGGUACCCCCGGAUGAUGAAAACUAUACAUUAUCACAUCAAAUAUACUGUCUUGCUAUGUUGUUUGACUAUUAUAUGGAUGAGGCAACUCCAUCCUCGGACAAGAGGAAGACUAGUUCUGUGAUAGAUGUUGGAUUGUGUAAACCUGUUAGUGGUAGGCUUCUCGCCAGAUCAUACAGAGGGAGGGAUCGUCGGAAAUUGAUAUCCUGGAAGGACAUGGAGUGCACUACUGGCUAUCCUUUUUAGGAAUGGAGCUUUUGAUAUUAUUUUUGCAGGAACAUGGAGAUGGAUCUUCGACCAAGAGGGGGUCUGAAAUAAUCCUUUUGUGCAGCAAAAACAGUGAUUCUACCAGUGAAGAUAAUGAAGAGGGCAAGUGGCUCAGUCUUUGAUUCAUGGAGUUGCAUUAAGAUCAAAUGAUGAUGGCCUUGGGAGCGGCUGCCUUGUGUUACCGAAGCUGUAUGCUGAUUUACGUCUUCAUUUAUUUAUUUUUCCUGGCAUGCAUCUCUGCGUUGAACAAACAAUGGCUUAAAAUAUUAAGAUUGGGCA